GAAAAGCCUCUGUAACUGCAACAAUGCGACCCCCUUCACCGUCAAUACCCGAACGCGAGUUCAUAUUUACCUCUUUGACGCAGUCGCUGAGACUUGAUGGCCGCCAACUGCUUGAGAUGCGCAAACCCACGAUUACUUUUGGGGAAGAAUUAGGCUGGGUUGAAUGUUCUUUCGGAAAGACAAGGGUAUACGCUGCUGUUGAUGCCAAAAUGGUGAAGCCGCCCCCCGAACGUCCGUAUGAGGGCAUCAUCACGAUACACUCCGAGAUUUCCCCCAUGGCGUCGCCCGAGUAUGAACCUGGUCGAACGUCAGAAGAGGAGGUCACCAUUACCCGUAUGCUAGACAAAGUUCUACGGAGGAGUGACGCGGUGGAUAAGGAGUCGCUAUGCGUACUCGCUGGACAGAGAGUCUGGCAUCUGCGCUUGACGGUGCACUGCCUAGCGGAUGCGGGCAAUAUGCUCGACUGCGCGUGUCUGGCGGGCAUCGUCGCCCUUAAACACUUCCGACGGCCCGAAGUGGAAGUAGUAGGCGAUGAGGUGACAGUUCAUCCCCCGACGGAACGCGCCCCUCUCCCUCUAUCGUUACAUCAUACACCAUUAUGUCUCACCUUUGCGUUCUUUCCCGAAUCCUCAUCAAAAACGGCAACCUCGACAUCGAGUACGAAAACUACGACAGUCCUGGACCCGUCCUUGCUCGAAUCCAGACUGGCCACAGGCUUCUUACAUGUCGCUCUGAACGCCCAGAGGGAACUGUGUGUGGUCCAGAAGGCUGGAGGAGUGCCCCUUACCGAGGAUGAGAUCCUCCCGCUGAUCAAGGAGGUAGCAGUGAGCAGGGUACGAGAGCUUGACGCCAUCGUCGAGUCAAGAUUGAAGGAGGACUGGGAGCAACGUAAAAAGUUUGUAGAAGUUAGGUGA